GAUUCUUCGCCCUCUCCGCCAGUGAUAUCUUUGGCGAUUGACGCUAUCUAUGCUGUUUGAAUGAGCCGCUGCAGCGAGACUUGCGUGCUUGCCGAGCGUUGAUUGUACAAAUGCAUUACAUCGCACCCCUCCCCAACGGUAUCAUUCGGCAGUUCUACCUUGCAGCAGAGGAUAUCAACGAUGUCGAGGACGCGCGCGAGCUGUUUUCCUUUACCCACUGGUCGCAAAUCGUUGAAACGCAUCGCUAUCCUCCUCCGUCCCGAACGGCCAUCCCCUGGCUCACCAAGGCUCUUUUAGAGUCGCACUCCCCACUUGCGAAAGUCAUGGGCGAGGACAUAUACGCUCUGAAUCUUCCGCUUGCCCCGGAACAUCGCCCAGCCAUAGUCAGCGGUCUCGCUUCCCAAGGUCAUGCGAUCGUUGCCAGAGAUUUGUGGACCCGAUAUGCCCAAGCUCCUAGAGAUGGGGCUGCAUUCCGCGGGCAUCCCACCACGAUGCUGCGAAUGGUCAGCCUUUUGCAACACCUAAUCCGGCGUGAGCAGGAGUCUAUGAGACUAGCCCCCGCGUCGGCCUAUCCCCCUGACGACGACACGGAGCCGCAAUUGAUACAGGAUUUUCGUGGAAUUUUGGAGCACGUGCUGACGAGCUUUGCGGCUGCCCACGAACCACUGGAGACAGCGGACCACCGAGUGCUCACUUCGUAUACGCGAGCCUGCUUCGUGACUGGCGAUUACGUUCGCGGCAUUAAUGUUCUCAAGAUGAUGCUCAAGCGGCGGGAAGUACCAGAUGUCUUUGACAUCAAUGUUCUCGUUUCCGCUGUCGCAGAACACGACCCUCGCACGGCGGCUGGGCUCGUCGAGCGAAUGGCGAACAAGGGCCUCGAGCCCGAUCGCAUCACGUAUGGGACCAUCAUGCACCAUGCGCUGAGCCACGGAGACUCUGGCCUGGUCCAGCAGAUGGUCAAGCAAAUUCGGGGGCUCCGGACCUGUUUUUUGACCUACAAAUCCAUCGUGUCCCUGAUUCGCGGCAGUCUCUCGUUUGACACUCAGUCGCCACUGACCCAACGGGCCAAGCUCCGGGGGGUCAUGAAUCUCAUCAAAUCGGUGGGCGGCUCGACCGUUGUCAACUCGCCACACAUCGGCAAAUUUCUCGUCCUCCGGGCGUUGGAAAUGGACGACCCUGUUAUGGCAUACCGUUUCUGGGAUUUGCUGUUGGCGAGAAGUGUGGGAUGGCACGACCGCGAGCAAGCUUAUUUGCGGGGACGGAUUUCCAAUGCGACGGUCGCUCAUCACAAGAGGGGAUGGAUCAAAGAUCACCAGAGACAGGCUAUGAUCUCUCACCUGCGAGCAAGGACUCCAGCCGUACGAUAGAACAUUGUAUAAUCUUGCUUUGACCUGGCAAAAGACCCCGAGAGCUGCCGAAAACGGACAUCUCGAUCUGGCAAGAUCUGGGAGGAUUGCUGAGAAGUUCGCUUUCAGCCGAGAUGCCAAUCUCUGCCGUGCCCAGAGUCCGGAGAUUGACCGGGGGACCCUUCUCGGACCUCGUGAUUGCAACCCAUCGUAACUUGGACAUUGGGAUGAAGGCUUUCAGCAGCGCUCGCCUGAUCCAGAGAGAGUAUAAUCAUUGGAUCGAAGGAUCAAUCGGCAGGCCAUAAAAUGAGGGCUGGCGAAGAGUGCGUGAUCACCUAGCUACCCCAGACUACUCAAACAGCCCCGCACUUGCGAAUGCCUGUCUCGCGGCCAAAGAAAGAAAACAAGAGCAUUUCAUCCGAUGAGGAGGUCUGUUCGAAGGAUUCCCCUAAUAGCAACAGCAAGGAUUCUGUCACCAAAAGUAAACGAAAGCGGCAAUCGCAGAGUACGUCGAUCAUUCGAGGCGUACUUUCGUGUCUCUGAUCCUGCAACAG